AUGAACCAAUCUGAAAACUUACUUUUUACCAAAGAAGCCUUCCCAAUGAACUUGUGGCAUGAACAAAUCCCUGAAAUCUUCGAAUCCGAGGCUAACUUCAAUAAAACCCCAACUAUCUUCGACCAAAAGUGAGAAUUACAGCUAAGCGGUGACAUUGAGCUGUGGAGUGGAGUAGAAGGAGUAGAGGCAGAAGAGAGGGGGUGUGUAGGAAGAAAUUGAUGUGAGUGAGGAAGGAAGGAAAUGGAGAAGAGAGAGGAGGAAAAGGAGGUGGGCUCUGUGUGUAGGGGUGAUGAGGAAGAGAGUUUGGUACUUAAAUCAAGUAUGAAGGAAGAUUCGCCUGGUGAUUCUCUUAUAAACUCAAGAUUUAGAGAGAAUGCUUGUACUCUUAAUGAAACUCUUAAGGCCGAUGAGAAAAAUUUAAUUUUAUUAUCAAAUUCUUCAAAAGAAAAAACUAGAGGAGAUAUGGAGGUUAAGAAAGCUUUCAGACUCAUCAGGAAGUUUUAUAAGAACUUUUUUAAGUCCAAUAAUUCUGAAAUAGUGAGAAAAAGAUAUACCAACUGAGACUCAUCUCAACUCUUUAUAGGAAUGAGGAACAUGCUACAAAUAAUCAUGCCAGAUGAUCUCAUUACUGAUGAUAUAGUUCACUAUACUAUUGGCAUUCUUGGCAUUAUAAAGAAGCACAAACUUGAGUGAUCUGAAGCCUUGAAGCAAGAAGUUGCUGAUUUCUUAGAAACAUCAAGACAUUUUACAAUAAAAAAACUCAAGUUUUUAUUAAAAUCAAAAAGACUUCAAACUCUCUGAAGAGCCUUCAUAACUCAAAACAAUGGACCAAUGACACAAAUCUUACAGAAAUUUGUAACUAAAACGGAUCCUUCAAAUAAAUAA